AUGGCAGCCUCGGAGGAAACAGCUGUCGGGCCGCUGGUGGGAGCGGUGGUCCAGGGCACCAACUCCACUCGCUUUCUGCUUUUCGAUUCCAAAACAGCAGAACUAAUUGGCCAUCAUCAAGUGGAAUUGAAGCUACAGUAUCCAAAAGAAGGAUGGGUGGAGCAAGACCCCAAGGAAAUCCUUCGGUCUGUCUAUGAAUGCAUAGCAAAAACUUGUGAGAAAAUUGCUGGUGAGAACAUUGAUGUUUCCAGCAUUAAAGCUAUCGGCGUGAGCAACCAGCGGGAAACCACUGUUGUCUGGGACAAGUUCACGGGAGAGCCUCUCUACAAUGCUGUGGUGUGGCUUGAUCUCAGGACCCAGAGCACUGUAGAGACUCUCAAUAAGAAAAUCCCAGGAAAUAGCAACUUCGUCAAGUCUAAGACAGGCCUUCCGCUUAGCACUUACUUCAGUGCGGUGAAACUGCGGUGGAUGCUGGACAACCUAAGACCCAUUCAAAAGGCUGUUGAGGAAGGCAGAGCCCUGUUUGGAACCAUUGACUCGUGGCUCAUCUGGAGUAUGACAGGAGGAGUCAACGGAGGCGUCCAUUGCACCGAUGUAACAAACGCCAGCAGAACAAUGCUUUUCAACAUCCAUUCUUUGGAAUGGGACAAAGAACUCUGUGACUUUUUUGAAAUUCCCAUGGCCAUUCUCCCAAACGUAUGUAGUUCUUCAGAGAUCUAUGGCCUGAUAACAACAGGGGCCCUGGAAGGCGUGCCAAUAUCUGGAUGUUUGGGGGACCAGUCUGCUGCCUUAGUGGGACAAAUGUGCUUCGAGGAAGGUCAAGCCAAAAACACCUACGGAACAGGAUGCUUCUUACUAUGUAACACAGGCAAGAAAAGUGUAUUUUCUGAACAUGGCCUUCUGACCACCGUGGCUUACAAACUAGGCAAAGAGAAGCCAGUAUAUUAUGCAUUGGAAGGUUCUGUUGCGAUAGCUGGUGCUGUUAUCCGCUGGCUAAGAGACAAUUUUGAAAUCAUCGCGACCACGGAAGAAAUCGAAACGCUUGCGUCAGAGGCCGGCACUUCCUACGGCUGCUACUUCGUCCCAGCCUUUUCAGGGCUAUAUGCACCUUACUGGGAACCCACGGCGAGAGGGAUAAUCUGCGGUCUCACUCAGUUCACCAACAGAUGUCAUAUUGCCUUUGCUGCCCUGGAAGCUGUUUGUUUCCAAACCCGAGAGAUUCUGGAUGCCAUGAAUCGCGACUGCGGAAUUCCACUCAGUCAUUUGCAGGUAGACGGAGGAAUGACAAGCAACAAAAUUCUUAUGCAACUACAGGCAGACAUUCUGCACAUUCCGGUAAUUAAGUCUAUUAUGUCCGAAACAACUGCCCUGGGAGCUGCCAUGGCAGCUGGAGCUGCGGAAGGGGUAGAGAUUUGGAGUCUAGAACCCAACGACAUGCCUACGAUUUUGAUGGAACGGUAUGAACCACAAAUCCUAGCCUCGGAGAGUGAAAUUCGUUACGCAACAUGGAAGAGAGCAGUGCUGAAGUCAAUGGGUUGGGUUACACCUAACGAUCCUGAAAACAAAGAUAAUGCUGUCUUCUCUUGUCUGCCCUUGGGUAUUUUUAUAGUGAGUAGCAUGACAUUAUUAAUUGGAGCAAGAUAUGUCUCAAAUUUCGAAGAGUAA